UAUUUUAAGGGGCGAGGGGUGUCUAGAUUCUAAGGGAGAGAGCACUUUCAGACACACUUGUUUGUAACUUUCUAUUUGAACAGGUAGGACAGCGAGAGAGGCCGUAUAAGAUCUCUUCUUCAACACACACAUAUAUAUAUACGCCUCUUCCUCUUCCUCUUCUUCUUCUUCUUCUUCUUCUCAUCAUAUGCACUUCUCGUUCCUUCCUUAAGCGGACAGAUUUCUUUUGGGUGAUUUUUGAUCUGUUUUUUAUGGGGAUGAUUUAAGAGGGAAAUUAAGUUGAUGAAGAAUCUAAAAGAUUCAGUCUUUACAUUGGAGGAUGAUAAAAAGCUUGGAUUUUUUAUGUAUUUAUUUUGCACAGGGGAAGCACCAGGUGUGUUCUUUUUAGCUUUCCUUUUUUCCCAUCUCUAAUUUCUUAUUUAAAUCCCUUUCUUUUUCUCUUGUUGUUCUAUUGUGCAAAAAGUAAGAACACAAGUGAAAUGAGCAAUAGAAGUAGAACAAAGAAGAGAUAUACAACAACAACUAAGUCUUAAUCUCAUACAAGUUGGGAGAGAGCAGAAUAGAAAUAUUUAGAAAGAAAUAGUUUAUUAGAGGGGGAAACAGAGAGAAUUAUUGUCAAAUUAUGUAGUUUCAGGCAAGUCGGUGUGUGAGAUCUUGAAACCUAGCAAAUAGUGUUGCUAUUUUGUAGUGAAAAUUAGAGGUCAGUAACUUUGGAUCUUGAACUAGUUCUGGCAGUUUUACUGUAAUUGAUGGGUUUGUGAAGCCAUGCCCUGUCCUCUUUAAUUUGUUAUCCGACUGUGAAUUCUAGUCUGUGAGGGGCUUGUAAAAAUUAAGGAACUUUGACAAGAAUGUGUUGAGUACGUGUUUGGUUGGAUACGAUGUUAAGACCAUUAGCUCCUGGAUUGUUCUUUCUCAUAUCAUAUCUUAUGAUCUCGGUAUCUGCCAUUGAUAAUGAGUUCGUUAAUUGUAACUGUGAUGAUGAGGGUUUUUGGAGCAUACAUAACAUUCUGGAGUAUCAGAAGGUUAGUGAUUUCUUGAUUGCAGUAGCCUAUUUUUCAAUACCCAUCGAGCUUCUUUACUUCGUUAGCUGCUCAAACUUUCCGUUUAAGUGGGUUCUCCUUCAGUUUAUAGCAUUUAUAGUCCUUUGUGGAUUGACACAUUUGCUCAAUGGAUGGACUUAUUAUGGACCACACUCAUUUCAAUUGAUGAUGUCUCUCACUGUUGCCAAAUUGCUUACUGCUUUGGUUUCAUGUGCAACUGCAAUAACACUUUUGACUUUGAUUCCUCUUCUUCUCAAAUGGAAAGUGAGAGAGCUUUUCUUGAAGCAAAAUGUGUUGGAAUUAGACCAAGAAGUUGGUAUGAUGAAAAAGCAUAAGGAAGCGAGUUUACAUGUGAGAAUGCUAACCCGAGAAAUCAGGAAGUCACUUGAUAAGCAUACCAUAUUGUAUACAACUUUGGUUGAGCUUUCUAAGACUUUGGAUUUACAUAAUUGUGCUGUAUGGAUGCCGAAUGAGAAUCGAACAGAGAUGAAUCUCACCCACGAGUUGAAACCAAGUUCAAAAAGUUUUCACCUUUCUAUUCCUGUCAAUGACCCAGAUGUCUUAGAGAUAAAAAAUACAAAAGGGGUAAAGAUUUUGAAGCCAGAUUCAGCACUUGGGGCAGCAAGUGGUGGUGGGUCUGAGGAAGCAGGUGCUGUGGCUGCAAUUCGGAUGCCAAUGCUUCGGGUUUCAAAUUUCAAGGGAGGCACACCUGAACUAGUAGAUACUAGUUAUGCUAUAUUGGUUUUGGUUAUUCCAAGGAUGAAUUCCAGGACUUGGAGCUCUGAGGAAAUGGAAAUAGUAGAAGUCGUUGCUGACCAGGUGGCUGUAGCUUUAUCCCAUGCUUCAGUUCUUGAAGAAUCUCAGCUAAUGAGAGAGAAGCUGAGUGAGCAAAAUCGUGCUUUGCAGCAAGCUAAGAAGAAUGCUCUGAUGGCAAGCCAGGCAAGGAACUCAUUUCAGAAGGUGAUGAAUCAUGGAAUGAGGAGGCCAAUGCACUCAAUCGUGGGCCUACUUUCAAUGUUCCAAGAUGAGAGCAUGACUUUUGAACAGAAGAUUAUUAUUGAUACAUUGGUGAAAACCAGCAAUGUUCUUUCAACUUUGGUUAAUGAUGUGAUGGAGGUCUCAGCAAAAGAUAAUGGAAGGUUUCUGUUAGAAAUGAGGCCUUUCCGUUUACACUCCAUGAUCAGGGAAGCUUCUUGCCUUGCAAAGUGUUUUUGUGUGUAUAAAGGAUUUGGUUUUGAAAUUGAUGUCCAGAGUUCUUUGCCUGAUACAGUGACAGGGGAUGAGCGGAGGGCAUUUCAAGUGAUUUUGCAUAUGGUUGGAUAUCUAUUGAAUGUCUAUGAUGGAGGUGGAACUGCUAUAUUUCGGGUUUUCUCAGAAAGUGGCAGUGAGGGCAAGAAUGAUAGAAUGUUGGGGAUGUGGAAACCAAAUGCUCCAGAGGAUAAUGUGUGCGUCAAGUUUGAGAUUGAGAUUAGGGAGGGAGAUUCUUCAUCAGAUGGAUCGAUCUCAACCAGACAUUCUUCUGGAAGGAGGCAAAACAGCGAUGAAGUUAAGGAAGGCUUGAGCUUCAGUAUGUGCCAAAAGCUUGUGCAGAUGAUGCAAGGUAAUAUCUGGAUAUCUCAGAACUCUCAGGGUUUGGCACAAAGCAUGACUCUGGCUCUCAGGUUUCAAGUCCGACCUUCUUAUGGAAGGGCUAUAUUUGCCUCUGGAACUGCCUCAGAACAACCAAAUUCCAAUUCUCUGUUCAGAGGCCUUCGAGUUAUACUUGCUGACGAUGAUGAUGUAAACAGGAUUGUGACGAAGAGGAUGCUUGAGAAGCUAGGCUGUGAAGUGACUGCUGUUUCUUCCGGGUUUGAAUGCCUUAGUGCUAUUACUUCUUCUGAAAAUUCCUUUGCUGUAGUUGUUUUGGAUCUUCAGGUGCCUGAAGUAGAUGGCUUUGAAGUAGCAAUGAGAAUCCGAAAGUUCCGAAGUCAUAAUUGGCCAUUGAUUAUAGCCUUGACUGCAAGUGCGGAGGAUCAUGUGUGGGAAAAAUGCCUACAGAUGGGAAUGAAUGGAGUGAUUCGAAAACCUGUUCUCUUACGAGGGAUGGCUGACGAGCUUCGAAGAGUUCUUCAAAGGGCACGCGAGGGGUUGUGAGAGUAAGUCAUCCAGAUAAUCUAGGAUUGAUUUAUUGAAAUAUCUUACGGAGUCUUAGUCAUUUCACCUUCGAAGUCCGAAAUGGAGAUGAUAAGAAGCAUUUAUACAAUGGUAUACAAAAUACAAACUCAUUUUUGGCUAACCACUUGAUUGAUUGAGCUCUAUGACUAGAUCUUCAAAGAAUAAAUUGUAACUCGAUAUUAAACUUGUCACUGAAGUAAUAAAGACAAGCCUUUUCGAUUGUUGUCUGAA